AUGACUUGCUCCCCAGAUAUUGAUGAUUGUGAAGGUGACCCCUGUCAUAAUGGUGCUACCUGCAUGGAUGAAGUGAAUUCUUUCAAGUGCGCUUGCCUUGCCGGAUAUGAAGGAGAUCUUUGCCAAACAGAGGUCAACGAAUGCUUCGAUGAUCCGUGUGAAAAUGGCACCUGCGUUGAUCUGAUAGGCAACUUCAGCUGCGAUUGUAUCGAGGGAUUUUCAGGACGUCUUUGCGAGAUUGAGAUUAACGAAUGUCUUAAUGAACCUUGUAAUAAUGGAUCAUGCAAUGAUCUCAUCGGCAACUUUACCUGUAAUUGCUACGAGGGAUAUACAGGAUCUUAUUGUGAUGUCGAUAUCGACGAAUGCCUUGAUGAACCUUGUAAUAAUGGAACCUGCAUUGAUCUGAUCGGCAACUUUACCUGUAAUUGCUACGAGGGAUAUACAGGAUCUUAUUGCGAUAUCGAGAUUGACGAAUGCCUCGAUGAACCUUGUAAUAAUGGAACCUGCAUUGAUCUGAUCGGCAACUUUACCUGUAAUUGCUACGAGGGAUAUACAGGAUCAUAUUGUGAUUUCGAGAUCGACGAAUGCCUUGAUGAACCUUGUAAUAAUGGAACCUGCAUUGAUCUGAUCGGCAACUUUACCUGUAAUUGCUACGAGGGAUAUACAGGAUCUUAUUGCGAUAUCGAUAUCGACGAAUGCCUUGAUGAACCGUGUAAUAAUGGAACCUGCAUUGAUCUGAUCGGCAACUUUAGCUGUGAUUGUUACGAGGGAUAUACAGGAUCUUAUUGCGAUAUCGAGAUUGACGAAUGCCUUGAUGAACCUUGUAUUAAUGGAUCAUGCAAUGAUCUGAUCGGCAACUUUAGCUGUGAUUGUUACGAGGGAUAUACAGGAUCUUUAUGCGAUGUCGAGAUCGACGAAUGCCUUGAUGAGCCUUGUUAUAAUGGAUCGUGCAUUGAUUUGAUCGGCAACUUCAGCUGUACAUGCUACGAGGGAUAUACAGGAUAUUAUUGUGAUUUCGAGAUUGACGAAUGCCUUGAUGAACCUUGUAAUAAUGGAACCUGCAUUGAUCUGAUCGGCAACUUUACCUGUAAUUGUUACGAGGGAUAUACAGGAUCUUAUUGCGAUAUCGAGAUUGACGAAUGCCUUGAUGAACCUUGUAUUAAUGGAUCAUGCAAUGAUCUGAUCGGCAACUUUAGCUGUGAUUGUUACGAGGGAUAUACAGGAUCUUUAUGCGAUGUCGAGAUCGACGAAUGCCUUGAUGAGCCUUGUUAUAAUGGAUCGUGCAUUGAUUUGAUCGGCAACUUCAGCUGUACAUGCUACGAGGGAUAUACAGGAUAUUAUUGUGAUUUCGAGAUUGACGAAUGCCUUGAUGAACCUUGUAAUAAUGGAACCUGCAUUGAUCUGAUCGGCAACUUUACCUGUAAUUGCUACGAGGGAUAUACAGGAUCUUAUUGCGAUAUCGAUAUCGACGAAUGCCUUGAUGAACCGUGUAAUAAUGGAACCUGCAUUGAUCUGAUCGGCAACUUUAGCUGUGAUUGUUACGAGGGAUAUACAGGAUCUUAUUGCGAUAUCGAGAUUGACGAAUGCCUUGAUGAACCUUGUAUUAAUGGAUCAUGCAAUGAUCUGAUCGGCAACUUUAGCUGUGAUUGUUACGAGGGAUAUACAGGAUCUUUAUGCGAUGUCGAGAUUGACGAAUGCCUUGAUGAACCUUGUAAUAAUGGAACCUGCAUUGAUCUGAUCGGCAACUUUACCUGUAAUUGCUACGAGGGAUAUACAGGAUCUUAUUGCGAUAUCGAGAUUGACGAAUGCCUUGAUGAACCUUGUAAUAAUGGAACCUGCAUUGAUCUGAUCGGCAACUUUACCUGUAAUUGCUACGAGGGAUAUACAGGAUCUUAUUGCGAUAUCGAGAUUGACGAAUGCCUUGAAGAACCUUGCAAUAAUGGAUCAUGCAAUGAUCUGAUCGGCAACUUUAGCUGUAAUUGUUACGAGGGAUAUACAGGAUCUUUUUGUGAUGUCGAGAUUGACGAAUGCCUUGAUGAACCUUGUAAUAAUGGAACCUGCAUUGAUCUGAUCGGCAACUUUAGCUGUAAUUGUUACGAGGGAUAUACAGGAUCUUAUUGCGAUAUCGAGAUUGACGAAUGCCUUGAUGAACCUUGUAUUAAUGGAUCAUGCAAUGAUCUGAUCGGCAACUUUAGCUGUGAUUGUUACGAGGGAUAUACAGGAUCUUUAUGCGAUGUCGAGAUCGACGAAUGCCUUGAUGAGCCUUGUUAUAAUGGAUCGUGCAUUGAUUUGAUCGGCAACUUCAGCUGUACAUGCUACGAGGGAUAUACAGGAUAUUAUUGUGAUUUCGAGAUUGACGAAUGCCUUGAUGAACCUUGUAAUAAUGGAACCUGCAUUGAUCUGAUCGGCAACUUUAGCUGUAAUUGUUACGAGGGAUAUACAGGAUCUUAUUGCGAUAUCGAGAUUGACGAAUGCCUUGAAGAACCUUGCAAUUUUGGAUCAUGCAAUGAUCUGAUCGGCAACUUUAGCUGUGAUUGUUACGAGGGAUAUACAGGAUCUUUUUGUGAUGUCGAGAUCGACGAAUGCCUUGAUGAACCUUGUAAUAAUGGAACCUGCAUUGAUCUGAUCGGCAACUUUACCUGUAAUUGCUACGAGGGAUAUACAGGAUCUUAUUGCGAUAUCGAGAUUGACGAAUGUCUUGAUGAACCUUGUAAUAAUGGAUCAUGCAAUGAUCUGAUCGGCAACUUUUGCUGUGAUUGUUAUGAGAGAUAUACAGGAUCUUAUUGCGAUAUCGAGAUUGACGAAUGCUUUGAUGAACCUUGUAAUAAUGGAUCAUGCAAUGAUCUGAUCGGCAACUUCAGCUGUGAUUGUUACGAGGGAUAUACAGGAUCAUAUUGUGAUGUCGAGAUUGACGAAUGCCUUGAUGAACCUUGUAAUAAUGGAUCAUGCAAUGAUCUGAUCGGCAACUUUAGCUGUGAUUGUUACGAGGGAUAUACAGGAUCAUAUUGUGAUGUCGAGAUUGACGAAUGCCUUGAUGAACCUUGUAAUAAUGGAUCAUGCAAUGAUCUGAUCGGCAACUUUAGCUGUGAUUGUUACGAGGGAUAUACAGGAUCAUAUUGUGAUGUCGAGAUUGACGAAUGCCUUGACGAACCUUGUAAUAAUGGAUCAUGCAAUGAUCUGAUCGGCAACUUUAGCUGUGAUUGUUACGAGGGAUAUACAGGAUCAUAUUGUGAUGUCGAGAUUGACGAAUGCCUUGAUGAACCUUGUAAUAAUGGAUCAUGCAAUGAUCUGAGCGGCAACUUUAGCUGUGAUUGUUACGAGGGAUAUACAGGAUCAUAUUGUGAUGUCGAGAUUGACGAAUGCCUUGACGAACCUUGUAAUAAUGGAUCAUGCAAUGAUCUGAUCGGCAACUUUAGCUGUGAUUGUUACGAGGGAUAUACAGGAUCAUAUUGUGAUGUCGAGAUUGACGAAUGCCUUGAUGAACCUUGUAAUAAUGGAUCAUGCAAUGAUCUGAUCGGCAACUUUAGCUGUGAUUGUUACGAGGGAUAUACAGGAUCAUAUUGUGAUGUCGAAAUUGACGAAUGCCUUGUUGAACCUUGUAAUAAUGGAUCAUGCAAUGAUCUGAUCGGCAACUUCAGCUGUGAUUGUUACGAGGGAUAUACAGGAUCAUAUUGUGAUGUCGAGAUAGACGGAUGCCUUUACGAACCUUGUAAUAAUGGAAACUGCAUUGAAUUGAUCGGCAAUUUGAUCUGUGUUUGUGACGAGGGAUACACUGGAACUUAUUGCAAUAAUAAUAUCGAUGAAUGUGCCAGCUCCCCGUGUCAGAAUGGUGGAACUUGUACGGAUCAUGUGAACGGAUUUACUUGCGACUGUCCUAUGGAAUUCGCGGGUACCUUCUGUUAGACUAGUUAAUGCGGUAUACACUGACGCAUUCAUUCGCGUGGUCGAUCUCAGUUCAUCAAACCAUCGCAGGAGGGAGUCGUUCACAAUAAAAACGCUGUUUAAGAUUUUAUACAACGCUGUUUACUAUAUGAACCUUACAAUAUUUAUUUAUCCGUUUAAACAGUCCUGUUUAAUUUAUUGAAAAUUAGAUAUUGAAAAUUAAACUUUGUUUGUUAAGAUUUAAACGGUUGUUUAAAGUGUUUAAAAAAUUACUGUCGCGUUAAUCGAGGGGAAUCAUAAUUAACAUUUAAAGAGGAGUUUCCUUUUUGCUAACUCCAUCAUGCAUUGAUAUGCUUUCAUGUCAUGAAUCCCAUCGAGCAAUAUAUCCACUCCUAAUCCCUACGGCUCAAUGUUAGGACGGAAAUACUUAAUUUCUAAUUGUCUAGAAUAUUAACCUUCUAAAUUGAAUGCAACAGACAAAGGAACCCCCAGAUAUAUAAGCAGAAUAUUGUAUUAAACUACUAAAAAAAAAUCAAGUUAUUUUAUUAUCGCAGUGUUAUUUUAACCAUGAUUUUCUUUGUUUCAUUACUGUUACUAUUGAUAUUAUCAUCAUAAUUAUUAUCAUUGCUAUCAUUGUCAUUAUCAUUGUUGCUGUUGUUAUCAUUGUUAUCUUGAAUCGUAUUUCAUUUCUGCUUUUGUUAUCAUUACUGGUCAGUGGCGGACCGUGACCCGAAGGAGACAAAUGAUUGGUGGGGCAUGUAUUCUGUGCCCCUCCAAUGCUUUGUCUCAUCCGGGUCACAUUCCGCCACUGUUACAGGUAAUAUUGUUUUCAUAAAAAUCAUCGUCUUUAUAUAAUCAUAACAAUAAAUCUUUCUUCUGCAUCAUAAUGAAAAAUCGUUUCGCAUUUUCUGUUUCGCUAUCAAUAUAAUGAUGCUGGUCCGGGCAUAAUUACAACAUAUCAACCCAGUCGUAAAAGACACCUUACUACAUAGUAAUGUUGAGUGAAAAUGGAUCCGUGACGCUGACAGCUUAGUGAUAGGGCCUACUUGCGCUAAAACAGCAUAACCCUUUUUCUUGUUUUCUCUUAAGCGACCAAAACGUCAUGGGGAAGAGUAGAAAAUAACCGAAGAACAAGAAAAGUGAUAAUCCAAUUAUCAGUUCUUGACCGUUUUUCACAUGUUAGGCGAUAAUUUAAUUGUGUCUAUUAAUUAACCCCCACUAUUUCUUAAAGUAGACACACGAAGAAAAUUCACGAAAGUGAUGAUUAUAGACAAAUUAUAUAUGGAUGGAAAGGUAUUGUCUUUUUAUACA